AUGUUACUUGAAAUGCAAGAUGGUCAGCUAAGAAGGGGACUCAAGGCUCAAUUUGCAUUGAGAUUUGAAGUCCAUAAGUCAACAAUCACAAGAGUAUUUGAUGAUCUAAAGAAGCAGAUGUCAGAGGAAAAUGUGAUUGAUGUCAGAAACAAGAAGUUGGGGACAUGUGGGAGAAAAUCAGUGGAAUAUUCAGAUGAAUUUCUCCAAUCAGUGCCUCUGUACAAGAGAACUACUGAGAGAAGCUAUGCAGCAGCUCUGAAGUUAUCACAUGUCACCAUACAAAAUCUGAAGAAAAGAGUUGGGGACCCAACAUUUGUGAACAUGCAAGAGACAAUUCACAUUGAUGAAAAGUGGUUCUGGUUGAACCCAGAAACAAGGAGGUUUUACUUGCUGCUAAAAGAGGAAAAUCCAUACAGGCGCCAACAGUCCAGAAGGUUCAAAAUCAAAGCCAUGUUUUUGGCAGUGGUUGGUAAACCCCUAUAUGAUGCUAACAAAAACUUGCUACAUGAUGGAAAAUAUGGUAUUUUCCCUUUUGUGUUAAAAAAAGAGCAUUAA